CUCUAAUGUCAUGGCGGACACAAAGCAAAGCGGUGGGGAAAAAAAAUUAUGUGCAAGCAGAAUGAAAAAUCUAACGUAAAAAAAUUAAAUUUUUCUGCGGCCAGUGAAAUGUAAACUUAUGAUGUGUACGAUAACAAUAACAGUGAGACAAUAAUGUAUAUUUUAGUGUAACAAUUAUAAUGCGUACGGCUAGGUGAAGUAAUAAAAAUAUGACGCGAAAAUAUGAUUUCAACUUCGUGCAGGCACCACCAACAAAAUCAGUGUUUGUAAUGUCAGUGGAAAAUUGGCAAUUGCGUACGUUUAUGUAAAUGCAGAGAACGGGGGAUAAAAACAAAUUGCGAUUGCUACCAAAUAAAGAGUUUAUUAUUAACUGUGUAUUAACGAGCGCAUUCCCACUUCUCAGUGUCAGAGAAAUAUUGGGGAAAAAGAGGCGCGAAAAAUUCGCGACAAAAUGGUUGUCUCAAAAGACAACAAGCGUCGCCGUAAGGAAACCGAGACACCGCCAACGUCAUCGUCGGUGGCGGCGGCGGUGACUGUGGCUGUAGAGUCAUCACCCGAGAUGCCUAAAAGAACGAAGGUGCAAGCACAGCGUAAGUUCGCGCAAGGACAGAGCGCGCCCAGCGCUGCGGGCCCAUUCAGUGCCGCCAGCGUCGCGGCAGCUGCAGCGGCAGCGUCUGGACCAAGCACAUCCACAGAAAGCCACCAGCCGCCAAUUGAGAUAUUGCCGAACAAGUGUCCCAAGCCGCAGGAUUUUUUAACAUUUCUCUGCUUCCGCGGCACCUCUGCGCUUCCAGCCCACUUGGACUAUUUGAAUCAGGGCAAAUCCAAACCAAACGAGGUCCCGCCGAGCAGCGACGCCAACAAAAAGAAGAACAACAGCAGCAACAAGAAGAAACGCGGCAGACCUGCCAAAACUGCAACAGCGAAAGUUGCAGUUGAGCAACUGCAGCAGCAGCAGAUUCAGCAGGUGCAGCAGUUGGCGGCGAAUGAUAAAACGGCUAGUGAUAAAGUUGAGGCGGUGACGCCGCUGCCGGCGGCGCCUCUGCUGCUGGCGGGUGCCGUGCGCAAACGCGCCGAGGUGAUAGCUGAGGGAAAUAGACGAGGCGCAAGGCGUCCAGAGACAUUAAAACGUCGUUCGAAUCGCGCCAACAACAGGGAAAAGGAUGAUGAGCCCGAGCAUCAGAAGCGGGAUAAAGCUGAUGCAGCUGACCACAGCAAAGAGGAUGAGGAGGAUCAAGAGGAGGACGAUGACGAAUUCUUUUCGGCGCACGAUGCCAGCUCACGUAAUGGCGGCGCCGACGACACGCUUUCCAAGUCGGAAACCACGCAUUCGAAUGCCAAGCGCGGACGCAGCCAAGCGGCGAGCAGAAAGGCAGCUGCAUCUCAUUCACCAGCUGCCACGGACAACAGUGCCGGCAAGGAUAAGGAAAAGGGGCCAGUGAAGCGUGUGCGGCAACGUGAAUCGCCCAUAUUUAUACCAUCACCGGAAUCUUCCGGGCGCAUGACACGACAACGUGCUUUUUUUGAGCCCGUCAAGGUGCCGCCCAAGCAGGAGCCGCAGGACAAGGAGCAGCAGGACAAGGAGAAGGAUGUGCAGGAGCAGAAGAAACCACCUGCAGCGACAGAGCCCAAGAAACAACAGCCCGAGAUCGGCAAGGAGAAGACGAACUCCAGCAUUUAUGCCAAAGACGCGGCCAAGCAGCAGCUGGAAAAUGGAGGCACAGCAACAGCUGCAGCAGCUUCUGAACAGCAGAAGGGUCUCAAUGUGUUCGACUUUAGCUCCGAUGAUGAGCAGCCGCUGGCCAAGGCUAUAAAGCUGAAAAAGGGUGGCAAAAAGGGCGGAGCUGCAGGAGCAGGAGCAGCAGCAGCCACAACCAGCGUACGUGGACGCAAAUCAGCUGGCGGAUCGGCAAAAAAGCAGCAGCGGGAGGAAGAGAAGGCAGCUACGCCCGCCGCGGCCAGCAAAGCAGAAGAACAACCCAAAGCAAGGCGCGGCAAAGCGCUCAAAAAGAAAGCCGAGCAGCCGGGCGACGAAGAUGACGACGAGCAGGAGCCGGAGCCAGAGCCAGAGUCAACACCGCCCUCGCCAAAAAAGCAGGCCAACAACAAUGCGCGUCCAGUGCGUCGACAGGCGCAGGCCAAAGCCCAAAAAGCCAACGAGCGCUCGGCCAGUCCCAGUCCGCAGCGGAGUCAGCGACCGUCACGCAAAACGAAGGAGGCGGCGGCCAUCUACAUGGGCAUCAUUGGACACAAGCUGCAGCUGGCCGAUGACGAGGAGGAUGAUCUCUCGCUGAGCAGCUUUCCGGACAUACCCAAUGUCAAGCAAAUGGAGAAAAUGGAAAAGGAGAUGAAGAAAAAUGCGACGGGCAAAACGAGCGAGGCGCCUGCCUCAAAAAAGUCAAACAAACCAACAGCAGCAGCAACUGAAGCAACAGCUGCAGCUGCAUCUGCCGAGACGCAGUCGCAGUCAGCGCCUGAGCCGACAGCAGCGGCAGCAGCGCCGCCGGCCAGACGCGGACGACCGCCCAAGCAAGCAAAAGGUGGAGCUGGAGCAGGAGCAGCGACAGCAGCAGCGGGAAACGUCAAGCCACAGAUUGAGGGCAUGCUGGUAAAAAAGGGUGCGCUGGCGUUGGCAAAAGCCAAGUCCGAACAGCAAAAAAACCAACAACAACAACAACAACAGCAGCAGCAGCAACUACAACAAAAAGACGACUCCGAUGCGGAGGAGGAUUUUUUAAUCAACGAGGAGCUAAACGAAACGAAGCGCAAGCUGGAAAAGAGUUUUAGCGACUCCGACGAUGAGCCGCUGGCCAUAAAAGUGCCAACAGCAGCGGCCACUGCAGCAGCUGCCGCAGCAGCAGCAGCAGCAACAACAACACCUGCAGCAGCAGCAGAAACAACAACAACAGCCAAAGCCAGCAGCAGCAGCAGCAAAGCGGAGAAUGCAGCAGCAACAACAACAGCAGCUGCAACAACAACUCCAACAGCAGCAACAACAUCUGCAGCAGCAUCCACAGCAACAGCAACAGCAGCAGCCACAACAGCAACGACAACAAUUGUCAAACCACAGCUGAGCGCCACGCCCAGUGCCACGCCUAGUGCCACGCCCAACAACAGCCUGUCGAGCAGCACGCAUCUGACCAUGUUGCCGCUGACCGCCAAGCACAUGCCGUACUCCAUAUCGCCGCCCAGCUACGCAUCCGCCGCAGCCACCUUGAAGGCCAUGGAAAAGAAGUCGCCGGUGCCCACGUCGAAGAUACUCAAUGUGCCCGCCACGUAUGCGCUGCCAGGCGCUGGAGCUGGCGCGGGCGCUGUGGGCUUUGCCAAGACCUCGUCCUAUUUGCCGCAAGCAUCGCCGCACUAUCACACACCCUAUGUCCGGCCGCCCACAUUUAGUGCCGUUGCAGCAGCGGCUGCUGCGGCAGCUGUGGGCAACAAGACGCCGCAGCAGCAGCAGGCGACGACAACGCUGGCCACAGCGGGCACAGUGACAUCUCCACUCAAAUAUCAGACGCCGCCCACAACCUAUCCGCCGCCCAUCGAAGCCUAUCAAUGUCCCAAAAUAAAUCCCAACUUCUUAACGCCCAAAUACGAGCGCAGCAGCGUUUUGCCGCGCGCCAACAACAUCAACAUGAACAUGAACAUCAACAACAGCAACAGCAGUUCGACGGGCAACAGCAAUCUGCUUGGCAACAACAGUUUUGCGGCGCCGACAGCCGCGCGUGGCACGCUCAACAGCCUGACGACGCCCGUGGCAGCUGCCCCAAAAAGUGUUGCAGUUAGUCAAAGUCAAAGUCAAAGUCUUAAUCUCAGUCUGACUGCAACGCCGACGGCUGUGGCAUCCACAUCAGCAGCAGCAGCUGCCGCCGCACAGCAGCAACAACAACAACAGCAGCAGCAGCAGGUGUCGCCAGGGGCGCCAACCACGCCCACAGCAACGCCUGCAACUCAGCCCAGCAGCAGCAGCAACAAUAACAACAACGGCGGCAGCAGCAACAACAACAACAACAAUGCAGAUCCACUUAAAGAUGAAAUUGGCAGUAUCUUGGCCCAGGCGACGCUCAUGCCCAGCAAGGAGGAGUCGGGCAAAAUCUUUGGCAUAGCCAGCGUUAGUCUGGCGCAGAGCUCCGGCCCGGACAACACCAAGUGCACGCUGGGCAAAUGCGGUUCCAUACACAAACCGGUGCUGGGUCCGGUGGUGCCCACCGAGGGCUACUUUGGCGAUCAGCUGACCAGCAAGGAGCGGCGCAAGGCCAAGGUGAAUAUGACGCACGAGCAGAUACAAAAGUGGCUUAUCGAGUGCAGCUCGAAUCCGGACGAGAUCCAGGAUGAUCUAGACGAUGACUACGAUGACAGCCUGCGUCCGCAGCAGGCGCAAACGCCGCCAGGUCCCACGCGCGACGACAAGGAGAGCACCAGCUUCAGCAGCUCCUCGAAGAACACGCGCGGCGAGCUGGGCAAAAGCGAGAGCGCCUGGUCAGCCAAGGGCCCAUCGCUAAAGGCCACCCCGGUGCUGGUUAGCACAGCGGCAGCAGCUGCCACAGCUGCGUGCAAUCGCAAGGAGACGGAAACGGACCCGGACACGCUGGACUUUGACAAGUGCGUGACGCCCGUGAAUCUGACGCAGAAAACACAGCUGGAGCCAGCUACUGCUGGCGAGAAGAAGCUUAGCGAGAAGAAGCUCAAGAAUGCAGCCAGCAAUAGCGUCAAGGCGGCGGCAGCAACAGCUACUGCGGGCAGCAAACGCAGCUCUGCGGCGACUUCAACGCCAAGCGCCACCCCAACUCCUCCGCCGCCGAGCAAACAGAAGGCGGCCAACAAGAAGCAGGCAAAUGCGGCUGCAGCUGCGGCUGCAUCAAAACUGUCCACGCCGCCGCCCACCAACAGCAGCAGCAGCAACAACACGCCGGCAACAGGACCGACAACGCCGGCGAAGCGCACGCCCGUCUAUCAGAGCCAGAGCAAGGGCAAAGCCCAAACGCAGGCGCAGGACAACAAACAGCAGCAGUCGGGCAAAGCGGCCGAAAAGACUUCCGUGUAUGCCUUCGGCAAGGAUGAGGAAGCAGCCGCAACUGCUGCGGGCAAAGCAACAAAUCGACGUCGCAACGCGGACAACGAGUCGGCGGCGCCGCCGCCUGCGCUCAGCGAGCGUUCGCCCACAAAGAAACGCGCAGCUGCAACAGCGGCAGCGACGGCGGUUCAACUGACGCUCAGUCCCACGGAUAAGCUGGAGAAGCCCAAGGCAGCAGCCGCAGCAGCGCGCAAAAAGCAACAGCAACAACAACAACAGCAGCAACAACAACAACAACAACAACAACAGCAACAACAGGCAACAGCAGCCGCUGCAGCAGCAGCAAAAACAGCUGCUAGCGCUGGCGGAGAUUCGGACGCAGAGGGCGCCACCUUCUAUAUACCACUGCUGCAGGGAGCCAGCGGCGGCGGCGAGGGUGGCAUUCAAGGCGUAGCCGUCAAGCUGGGACGCGAGGGACCCGAUGGGCCCAACCAGAAGGUGGUCAUGCAGGCGACGCUGGUCACGAAGGCGCAAAUGGACACGAACUCCGCCAAGCCGAUGCCGGACAAUGAGCUGGUCAAAACGCUGCUGAAUGCGGCGAAUGAUUCAGCUGCUUCUGCAACCGCCGGCAACAGUCUAAAAGCCAGCACCUCGGCAGCAGCAGCUGCGGCGGCGGCGGCAGCGACGGCGGCAGCUGGUGGCCUGGUGCGCGUCAAUUCCAAUUCGUCGCUCUUCUCCGGCUCCGGCAAGUCGCGUACAGCUGCUGCAGCAGCGGCUGCGACGAACGCCCUGGCCAAGAAGUACAAAGACGAUACGCCAAUUAAGAUGGCCAAUAACACGGCAUUCCCGCGACACGAUGAUCCCACGCAGAUGGUCGAGGCGCCCAUAUUUAAGCCCACCGAAAAGGAGUUUGCCGAUCCCAUCGAGUUCAUUGAGCGGAUCACGCCCAUUGCAGCCAGAUUUGGCAUCUGCAAGAUCAUACCGCCGGCCAGCUUCAAGCCCGAAUGCCGCAUCUCGGACGAGAUGCGCUUCACGGCGUACAACCAAUACGUGCACAAGAUGCUGCAUCGCUGGGGACCCAGUGCCAAGGAGCUGAGCGCAAUCAAAAAGUAUUUGGCCACGCAGAGCAUUGUGAUGAAUCAUGCACCCUGGAUUGGCGGUAUGGAGGUGGAUCUGCCGCGUCUGUAUCACACGGUGCAGGAGCUCGGCGGCCUCAAAGAGGUCAUCGAGAAGAAGAAGUGGGCGCGCGUGGCCGAAGAGAUGUGCAUACCGAAACUGGCACAGGAUCGGGUGACCAAACUGGAUGACAUCUACUGCAAGUAUUUGUUGCCCUACGACACGCUCUCCCCGGCGGAAAGACAGAAGCUCUUUGACGAAGUCGAAGCGGACUGGGCUAAGCGUGAGGCACGCGCCCGCCGCAAUGCGGAUCGUUUUGUGAAUAGCACCGAGAGCGUUUCGAACGAGGAGGACGAUGUGUCCACGGACGAGGAUGAGGAGUCCGAGGAGGAGAUCGACGGCGUUUCCAUGGAGUGCAUUGUCAAGGGUCGCAGCAUGGCGCUCAGCCAAUUCUAUCGCAUAGCGCGCAAUACAAUGGCCCUCUGGUUCAAGAGCACCGAUCCCACGGUCAAUGAAGUGGAGGCGGAAUUCUGGCGCCAUGUUGCCGUGCGCGACAGUCAUGUGUGUGUGCAUUCCGGGUCCAUUGAUAGCUCCGGCUGGGGCUAUGGUUUUCCCAGUCCGGGGCCGAAGGGAAAGGGCUCGAAUUAUGCGCGCCAUCCCUGGAACCUUAAAGUACUGACCAACAAUGCGAGUUCUGUGCUGCGCUCUCUGGGACCUGUUAUGGGCGUUACGGUGCCAACGCUCCAUGUGGGCAUGCUCUUCUCCGCCUGCUGUUGGUAUCGUGAUCCGCACGGUCUCUCGUGGAUUGAGUAUCUGCAUACGGGCGCCUCCAAGCUGUGGUAUGGCAUACCCGACGACCAGAGCGCCAAUUUCCGUUCGGCGUUGACCUCGCUGAUACCGACGCACUGUCAGAACAAGACGAUCUGGUUGCCCUGUGAUACGGUGAUGGUGCCUCCGCACAUGCUGACCGAUCGCGGCGUUUCCCUGUGCCGCAUCGAGCAGAAGCCGGGCGAGUUCAUUGUUGUCUUUCCGCGCGCCUAUACCUCCAGCCUGGCCACGGGCUAUGUUGUCUCGGAGAGCGUUUAUUUCGCUACCAUGUCGUGGCUGGAUUUGGCCAAAGAUGAUUUCAGGGACAUUCAUGAGAGCUGCGAACCGGCCAUGUUCUCUUUGGAGCAGCUGCUCUUCGCCUUGGGCUAUGAUCAGCGCGUCAAUUCGGACACAUUACAGCAGAUGCUGCCCAUGCUAAACGAGGUCUGCGAGAAGGAAUCGGCGGCACGCGAGCAGCUCAGAGCCGCUGGCGUCACAUCCACCGAAAAGGUGCAGGCGGAGAAGGGCCAAAAAGCGAAAAAGCAGCAGCAGCCGCCUCACAAAUCAAUCGAGAGCGAAUGCGAUCUGUGCCGCGCAAAUCUGUAUAUAUCGAUGGUGCGCACCGAGGAGGGCAACGUCUACUGCCUGCAGCAUGCUUUAAAAAAUCUCAACAACGGCAAUAUUCAAGCCAAGCAAUGCAAACUGAUUUAUGCGUAUAAUGUGGACGACAUACAGCAGCUGAUACGCCAGCUCCAGGAGAAGAUUCAGCACAAGGCGGCCGUCAAGAAAAAGUAGCAUCGUCGGCGUCGCUACUAAACCAGCGCAAUAAAGAUUAAUGAGGAGAUAAACGAUCCAAAACAAUUUAAACGGCAGCGUUUAAAAAUAUUUGUACAUACGGCUACAUAUGCAUAAAUGUAUUUAUAAAUAUUGUAGUAUAUAUAUAUAUAGAUUUGUAGGUUUUUCAGCGUGGCAAUGCUUGCAAUUUCACUAGUUUAUACAGACAUAAUUAUAUAUGCAACGAUUUGUGUGUAUAUAUAUAGCAACUAAUAUGUUUAAGUAACGCGUUUGCAAUGAAUUUUGUUUUCCAUUUUCUUUUGUUAUUACUUGAGAACAUAUAUAUCCUGUGUGUUAUUGAUUGUAUAUGUAUAUAUAUAUACUAAAAAAAAUCAACUUAGGAAUUAGUUAGUCUACGAUUAAGUCAAAGAGCUCGCCUCGGUUAAUACAAAGAUUUAAGCACACUGCUAACGAGUGGCAAUUUCUACUACCUUUUUAUACAACAUAAUACAUAAUAUAUGAUUAACACUUACCAUAGGCAACAUAUAGACAUCUAACGUGAACGGGAGUCGUAGUCUUAGACAGCAUUACAAUAGCAAUAGAUGUGGGCCCAGAGCCGUACGCGAAACUAAACUAAAGCAAUUACUUCCUAAACGCCUGUCAAAUCUUGCAGCUGAUAAAGCGUUACAAUUUUUAGAUGUUCCAAUUUGAUGUAAUUUUAAAUAUACACAUACAAACAUAUAUAUCAUCUACCAGUGCUAUAGCAAACGGAUAAACACACUCAACACACACAAUUUUGACAAACCAAAAUAGCAAUAAAAAGCAACCAUAAGGCAGUCGGUCCAUUUUCCAAUUGGAAAUGGCUAUAAAUGUGAAGAACUUUAACUUAGAUGUUCUAUGUAUUUAUAUAGUUGUAAAAUUGUAAUACAAUAUUUAAAUAACAAGUGCAACAAUAAAUCUUAACUCGAAAUAUUACAA